AUGUCGUCGAUCAGAUGGACCUGGAUGCAGAAUAACGAGAGGCUUCGCGCCUAUGUGGUCAAAUUCCGCUCUAGAUACUAUCUGCAUGCCAUCCGGUUGGAUAGCGAGAUCCGUUGCCUCAUGCCACCCAAGGCUCACGAAACUGCAUUCUGGCCCAGCCGUGUCAGGGCAACCUGUGUGUGGGCGCAUGAAGUUCGGAUAACAGCCGACUUCAAGGCUGUAUACCUCGGCUUCUGCACGCGACGUCUAAUCGUGUCACAUUCUUCAUAG